AUGAAGAUUGGAAAAAAACAACUGGAAACAUUUUUCUAUUUGCUUGGAGGAGACUCACCCCAAGAUCAAAUAAAACAUAGCUUGGAAAAAAUGUUUUCCAAUAAAUUGGCUAUGAAAUGUUCAUGGAAAGGCCAGAAAGGAAACUUUGCUAUAAAUUCACUUCUGCUAAUAGAUAUCAUAAAAAAGGCUGUUCGAAAGCAUUAUCCGAUGUUAACGGAUAGACAUUAUGUAAAUUAUGUUUCCGCCUGGCUUAAAUAUGCCAAAACACGUUAUGAUAGAGAGCAGGCAAAAGCACUUAGAAAUCAGAUCGGAUAAGGAAAUGUACAUGAACUCAUAUGGCGUUCAGCCGACCCUGCAAAUGCAUUAAUAGUGCAAUA